UGGCGACUCACAGGGAUGUGUCUUAGUACAUUCAUUAAGUCGCCACAACAUCAGCAGCAGCAACAGCAAGAGCAGCAACAGCAACAGCCACUGCUACAGGCACAGCCACAAUUUGUGACACAUAUGAGCAGCUACAAUGGGCAGAGUCCCAGUCCCACGGGCACAGGCACAGGCACUGUCAAUUAUGUGCCAGAAAUCAAGACAGAGCAAUACCACUAUGACAUGGACAUGUCCCGAAAUUGUCCCUCAGCAGCCAGCUCAUACAAUAACUACAACUUUCCAGCGUCGCCCAGCUCAAGCUGUUCCACAGUGGACAGCAUAGCGCCAGUCACCCGCAUGCAAUCGCUGCAUCCACUGCAACAACAAAUGAUGCAGUCGCCGAAUCAACAUGAGCAGAUCAACUAUACUCUGAGUAUAAACAGCAACAGGAAUGGCACUUGGCAUACAACAACUAAUUUCAACGGUGGCGAUAUGACGCCCAUCAAUAACAGUUUUAUCAAUGGCAAUAUAAAUGGCAAUGGUAUAAACAAUAACAACAUAUUCAAUAUGGAUAUGAAUCAGUCGAGUACACCGCUCGCAACAAAUAUAAUGGAGGCACCUAGCAUUGCAACAUAUGCCACAAAUACUGCGGAGUUAAGGCAGCAGUUGCCUGAGGCAUCAGCCAUGGAUGAUUUGUCCUUCAGCGAUUUGAUCAGAAAUGUUCCCAGUGUGGACUAUGAUGAUGAUUUGAUGCAUGAUCUGGAUGCCACACUUGGUAACCUGGACAUGGCAAAGCUACUUAAUCUUAAUUAAAUAACUUAAGAACAUAUAUUUAU